AUGAAACACGAGCUUGAAUCAUCUAAAGUUAAUCCAACGAGAUCCAAACCAGUGUCCUCCUCUAGGGCUACAACAUCAUCAUCCUCGAAUAUAAGUUUAACCAUUCGCCAACAACAAGUAUCCAGUCAUGAUUCUUCUUUAACAUUGAGGUCAAUGAAGAGAAACGGGCACAAAAUUGAAAAACAACACAGAACCAUAUCUGUUAGCAAAACUUGUGUCGUUCUAAGACAUCUUCAAACACAACCCAAUCAGGUAGAGACUACUCAUUAUUGCGAUGAUGAAGGAUCACAACCAUUGACAAGAGAGGCUUUGUUGACGUACUCUUCUUUCAUCCAACCGCAAUCGAUGGAUGGUGGUAAUGGACGUUCUCGUGAUGAGUUGACCAGUGACAGUCAACCACAUCAUGCGUUACCCCCUUCCUAUAUUAAAGCAGGAAUGGCCAUGUUGUUAGGUUUAAUGUGUGGAUUGAAUUCAGAUCUACAUCAAGUGGCAAAGAACAUCUUGUUGCAACACCAUCCCAUGUGUCAAACGCCAACACAAGAACCUACAACGUCAUCUAUGAGCAAUAAUCCAAUUCCUCCACCAAAUGAACAACAACAACAACCGACAAAGAAAGGUAGAACAUCUAUCUCAAUAAAGGAUUUGUUAAACGAUUGA